GUAGAAAGUUGUGUGUCGAAGUGUAGCAACAACCACAAGCCAGCAACAGUUUCAAUCACCACCUGUUGUUCAUUGAUUCCGCGAUGGCUUGAGCCUUCUUCCUGUCUCCAACGUCAGGCAUGUUCGCGCGUUUGUGGGCGGCAGUUACUGCAUGGUUCAGACGAGAGAGAGAGGAGGCCAAUGAAGCUGCUAAUGAAACAGUGCAAGCGAGUACAGAUGCGCUUGCGGCAAUCGCCGGCACAGAUCGCUUGCAGAAAGAGCGAACGGAAGCCCAGAAAGCUAAAAGUCCAAGAGAAGAUGCACCUUUGUCACCGGCAGCACAGUUGCAGGAAGAUGUGCAGGUGAAGGCGACGAAGCUUUCUGCUACGAAACUGCCAGCUGAAUCUUCAGCUAUCAAGGAGAAAGCAGCCAAAGUGCUUGUUGCUCCUGCCACAGAGUUGUCCAAAGAGCUGCCUCAAGGGCAGGAGCAGAAGUUUGAGCAUGUCUCUGUGGCAGCGUUGCCAAGAGCGCAUGCAGAUGAUCAGCAAGUACAGGCAGCCCUUUCUACUGUUUUCCAGCUGCCUGAAUCAGCAGCUGCCAUCAAGUCGACAGACACGAACAAGUCUGCCCUCGCUCCUUCCGCAGAGUUGCCGAAAGAGCUGCCUGCAGGGGAGGAGCAGAGGAAGCCUGAGCGGGUGGCAGCGUUGCCGAAAGCGCGAGCAGAGGAGCAAAGCUUGGAAGCCCUUCUCUCGGCUGCUCCCAAGACGUCUGCACCUGCAUUGCUGAAGCCGUCGGAUGCAUUGGCUCCGUUGAAGAAUGAGCCACCUGCGGAGCGGCAAUUGAAGCGUUCAGUUGAAGCAACAGUGAAGGCUUCACCAAAGCCGAAGAAGGUGAAAGUUUCUGCAGAUCCGUCUGUAGCUGUUCCUCCUUCAGCUUUGGAGGACUCCUUGCAGAAGCAGGCAGACAUGCCCAGUGUGCCAAAGGAACUUCCUGUCCGGAAAGAAGCACCCAUUUCUGGAAACUCCGCCAGUAAAUCGGAGAGUUCCAAUCAAACGGAUACACAGGCCUUUGCCUCUUCCAAAGCUGCUGAGAAGGAUCGACAUACAAAAGAGGGUGGUUUGAAACCUAGCGUGGUAGAGGAGAUCAAGAAAAAACUUCAAAACAAACAGGAGAGGCACCUUUCGAGUGCUUCGGCUUUUGAGGAAGCUCGAAAAAGGCAGAGGUCCGAAGAGCCAUCUGUGAAGAGGCCGAAACGAGCUGUGCUGAAGCCCAACCGAAGCGUGGAGGAGCCCAGGGUAGCCAGCUCGAGCUCGGCUGAGCUACAAGGGCUUGAAGAGGAGGAGAUGCAGAACGAAGAGGAGCACACCUCGGAGCUCACGGACUGGCGCUUCUUGGAUCAACCGCUCGAAGCCCUCGAAGGGCUCGAAGGGCCGGUGGAGGGUGGCACAGAGAGAUCCAAAAAGAAGAAAAAGAAAAAGAAGAAGCGUGGAAGCAGAGCCGAAAGGGUGGAGCUUAGCUCUGUGCCACCGUUGAGUGCACCCUCGUUGGCUGGUGGUCGAGUGGAGCGAGAAGAAGCGAGUUGGACUCGAAGCCCAAGCCGCACCAAGCCAGAAUCGAAGGAGAGAGACAACGAGCUCGAGCAGUUUGAACCCAAAAAGAAGAGAGAGAAGAAAAGAAAGAAUGAGAGGAAGACAAAGGCCAAGAAGGUGAUAAUGGAAGAGCCCCAGAGUGAAGGUGAAGAUGGACACGAUGUUCUUUCCGUGAGCUCCGGUAGCACCAAGGAGGACUAUGGAGUUGUGGAUUGCAAGUUCAUUGCAGAGAACGAUGCAGCCCUCGGUUUGCGACGCCGAAUCCAGCGAAACAAGAAUAAAGCCCUAGAGGAGGCGAAGAAAGAGGAGAAAAAGGCACGUAAAAAGGCCACCAAAGCUGCAGAGAAGGCCUUAAAGGCUUUGCGCAAGGCCGAAAAGGCCGAGGCCAAGGCAGGCAAGAAGGGAAGUCACACGGAAGAGGCCUCCUGGGCGGCUCUAAAGGAGCUUUCCGGAGGGGUGGAAUGAGAUGAAUGCCAUCCCUGCCCGUCGGACCCGAAAAGACUCUCCGCAAGACCCGUUUGCUCCUUGCACGAAAUCUGAGGCAUUUGAUGAGGGAGAAUAGAGAUCCUCUGGCAGUUUUACAUGCAGAAAACACCUACAAGGUCAGAUUUGAAAAGGAAGAGGCCCUGUGGAAUCAGGUACUUGGAGCCAGCCAAAUUCAA